AUGUCUUAAAUCAAUUUUGAGAAUGAGGGUUAUGAAUAUCAACCAUCUGAACAUUCAGAAAGAGAGUAACCAACACCAACUAAGCCAAAUCAACAACUCCUAUAGUAGUAGCAAUAAAGAUUCACUUAAGAAUCACUUGUAUACAGUGCAUGUAAGAUAAUAAAUUCAAAUCUUCUUUAGCAUCUUAGGAUACAAAUCGUAUAUUUCAGUCAGUAAGUUCACCUAACUUCUAAAAAGGGCCAUUAAUCCUUGUGAAUAAUGAAUAGGAUUAAUAGUAAAAUCAGGUUCUACUACCCAAAUAGUAAGUUAGUAAUUAAAAUAUGCCAAAAGUGGUUCAGAUAAUAAGGCCGGACAGUUCAAAGAAAUAAUAAGUAUAAUCUUCAAGUCCUAAUAAAACACCGAUUUAAGAAUCAAAAUUACCUCAAUUUGUUUAACAAUCUCAACAAUCUCAGAUGUCCUAACUUUCACAAUAGCAAUAGCAACAAUAAUCUUAAUAAUAAUCCUAAAGUACAGUGGCAGAGUUGGAAUAACAACUAAUGUAGGAAAGAUUGAAUUCAGAACAAUUAAGAAUUUAUAAUCACAUUAUUAAAAUGGAAUUAGAGAAAAAAUUGUAUAAUUAGGGAGUGUUUAUAACUAAUUCAAAAAAUAAGAAAAGAAAUGAGAAUGCCAUCGAUAUCUAUUUAGAAUUGUAACACAAUAGAGUGUAGAUGUAAACUAUUUAGAAUGAAUUUAAAUAGAGAGAUCAAAUUAUAUAACAUUUAGAAAAUUAACUUAAAUAAUCUAAUUAGAUUAAUGAAUUAAUGAAAAAACAUGACAAUGAAUUGUAAUAACAGAAUGAAGAGUUAUCAUAAUCAAUGGAAGAGGCCAUGAAGAAUAUCACUCAUGCCAAUUAGACAAUUCAACAAUAAGAACAAGAGAAGGAUGCAUUGAUUGAUCACAUUGAAUAACAAAAAGAAUAGAUUGAAUAAUUGCAAUAAUAAGUAGAAAAGUUGAAAUUUGAGAAUUAAGAAAGAAAGAAGUAAUCAGAAACAUCAAAUGAUCAAAUUAAAAAAAUGAUACAGAUAUAAGAAAAACUUGGUUAGUUGGAAGAGGAAUUGCAAUUAAAAAAGAAUGAAGUUGCUACUGCAGAGAAUUCAAAGAAAGUAUAAAUAUGUUAUAUCACUUAAGCAAUUAUAAAAGAAUAUUUCAGAUAAACAAAAAGAAAUCAUGAGUUUCUAAUUACAAUUGACUGAGGCCAAUAAUAAGUUGUUAGAGUGUGAAUAGGCAAAUAGAGAAUUGAGUAGAUAAUUUAAUUAAAGUGUCUACUAAAUGUCACAACUGAAAAAGUAUCUUACAACAUAAUAUUAGAUAAACUGAAGAAUAAUAAAGUAGAAUUGAAAAUUUGGAAUAGUUAAAUUAUGAAAUUGAAAGCAAUAUGACUAAGACAGGAAGACAAAUUUGUGAAGCUGAUAGAAUGAUGAAUGAAAAAGAAUAGUUAAUUAAAAAAUAAUAAUAAGAAUUGGAGAAUAUCUUAAAAUAAAAUGAAGAAAUGUCAAAGGAAUUCAAUCAACUAGUUUAAGUACAUUAAUAAUUUGGGGCUCUCAAUGAGAAACAUCAAUAAUUUUAAUAAAAAUAUGAACUGCUUUAGAAAGAAUACCAAUAGAGAAAUAAAGAAUUUUAGGAAGCAUCCUAAUAACUUGAAAUCUCUUAACAAGAAAUUCAAUAGUUGAAGCAAGUAAACAAUGAACUCUAAAAUGAAAGAUAGCAAAUAUUGGAAGAACUUGAUAUCUUAUAAUAAGUUAAAUAUGAAUCAGAAUAAACUAUUUAGCAAUUAAAAUUUGAUAAUAAUGAAUUAUCCUUACUCUUGCAAGAAAGACAAGAGUUAAGUGGUAAAUACCAUGCUUUGGAGAUCAAAUUCUAAGCAGAUAUAGAAUAUUAUGAAAAGUAAUUAUAUAUUAUGAUUGAAUAGGACAAUAAAGGAAAUGAAUGAGAAAAUGGAGUUGUCCUAGAAUACGUCUCCAAAUAUUGCUUUGGAAGAGAAGAGAUUGGUAGAAUUGCACAAGAUUUACGAAAAACUCGAUAGAUUGCUAUUCCAACUAACAUAAAAAAUCUCAACUGAAAAGCCAUCAUUCAAAGUUGAUGUAGUAAUUUCAUAGUUAAAUGGGUCAAUUGAAUAAAUUGAAAAGUAUUUCAAGUUGUCUGGCAAUCGAUCCUAAAUAGACAAAUUUUAAAAUUCUUAAGGAUCUAUGAUCAUUGAUCAUAAUAAAAUGAGUACUAAUAGGCCAUCUGAUGCGGAUAUAUUUAAAGGCAAUGACAUUACUAAUAUUAAAUAAAUUUAAACAUAGCAAACAGUAGCAAAGAGAAGAUAUUUUCUAUGA